UGCAUAUUCGCUUUCUUUUUUUUUCACCUGUCCUCCACCUGAUGAUUUGUUUGAUUAAGUUUCUUUUUUUUUCCCUUGGGAAAUCUACCGAUGUUCCAGUGUACGAAUUUUGAAGCUCGUGACAGUACACAUACGGGUGUGAGCUACACCCAAACCGGUACUUUGUGUGUCUCCAUCGGCAAAUCCUUGAAGAGCCAUCAUUCUUCACGGUGUUUUCUUCAUUGGACAAAGUGAAAGAGAUGGAAACUCUUUGUUAGCACCGGUUCAACAUUCUCUUUUUCGCCCGUCUGUGUAUAAAAACGGGUGACAAUUGGCUUUAUUGGUCAGUCAUCCGACAGCCAUCCAGUCUUUAAAAAAAUCCUGCCCGCUUUGCAAUAUCCAUCCACUGGCCAACGAAACAAUGAAUCCGAUUGUGCUAUUUUUGGCCUGUACCUUGGCCUUCUCUGUGGCUUCUCCAACUGACUAUGCGAGCAGCAAAUCCACAACGUCUUCUGACACUGAGCCCGCUGUGUCAAUCUUGAAGCAGAUCAAUCAAAUGAAUGAUGACGGCUCUUACACGUUUGGAUUCGAAGCCUCAGACGGAUCGUUCCGCAUCGAAAACAUGGAUGCGAACGGUUACAUGACUGGCAAAUACGGUUACAUCGAUGCCAACGGCAAACUACAAGAAACAGAAUACGCGGCUGGAAAGAUGUCCGGCCAGUCUGUCGGAUUUCAAACUCGGGGAACUUUACUCUCCGAUGCUGUUCGCAAUUCCCAAGCGCUUCCGAUCAUCCGCACAUCCACCAAAUCGGUGGAACAGAAAGCUAUAGAUUACGAGUACACUAGCGUUGAUGAUGAUGAAGAUGGCUUUCCUGAUUCUUCCCCAGCCCGUGACAUCAACUACAACGCUGGAGUCGUCCGCAUUUCUUCUCCAGCUAAAGCAACUUACGACAUCCAGCCAACCGUAGUUCGUGUCGCUAAUCCGCAUACUUCCCCACUUUUAGACGUCAGCGUAGUAGCUCCAGUCCGUAAAAACAAAGAAGCCGGAACUGUUCGUUUCGUUUCAUCGGCAAAAAAUUCUUAUGAAAACCCAUCGACUGCCAUCCGCGUUGCUGAUCCGUACGAUGCAGCUGUUUCCGAUAUCCGCGUGUUAACCCCCACUAAAACAGUUUCUCAAGUUGCUAUGUCUAAUGUCCGUGUCCCUGUGAGAAACUCAUCGCGUCGUACCAACAACGUGGUCCGCCUUAUUGAUCAGAAUGACGACGCGUACGUUAAAAACAACAACGUCCGCGUUACGGCUCCAACUCGCAUCUCUUACGAUCAAGCCCCUGCUGCCAUCCGUGCCGUAAACCGUGAAACGGCCACAUACGACAGCUUUCCGAUUGUCAAGCAAACGGUGGAGCCCAGCAAGACCAUCAAGGAGGUUGCUCAGGUGGCUGUGCCUGUCGUUCGAUUGGCCUCUUCAGGCUACGGAAAGUCUAGUGGCCGUUCGACCAGCCGAUUGGACGAGUUUCUGAGGAGUCUGAAGACGAACAACAGGAAUAGUGACAAUGAAUACAAUGCCUACCAAUCAGGCAGCAGUGACUUGAUCAUUCAAAAUGAUUUUGAGUCGCAAGAGGUGUUCCAGUCUGUCCAGGAUUUUCAGCCGAUUCAGGACGACGCAAUUUCCGUUGAUUCUUUUGGUUUUACCCGCAUCAUCUAACAGCUGCCCAUCCGAAAGAUUCUGUAGGACGUUAGUGAAUAUGAUUAUUUCUUCUCCUUAGUGGACUUUAAUGUAAUUUCACGGUGGUUUGCUUCUGUAGUAACUUAUCGAUUCUGCAUUAUGGUUGAUAAUAUAUGGAAAGUUGGUCGAA